UUCUAUGUUUAAGAUGGAGUCGUACGUUAUUUUGACAACUGUCCUACUUUGUUAAAAUGUUAGUUUCCAUUUAAUUGGACUGAAAAUUGUCCUUAAACCUACCCUUAGCGAAGGGUAUGUUUAUGUAGAAUGAGAUUACAGUAUUUGAUGGCUGCAGUUAGAAAAGGGCCAUCAGGUGCCCUUGAAAGAGUGCCCUCUGCGGGUUCUCGCCAGAAGUUUACAGGCAAAACUGGUGUGAGAAGUGUGCAUCCAAACAGCAGUCCUCUGUUCAAAACACAAUCAGAGAGUGCUCUUUCUGACAGACUGCAGAAGCUUUCACUAAAAGAUGGGCAAAACAAUGGGACCCAACGGAGGCUGUUAUCAGGAUGGGCCGGAGCUAAUGGUACUGUCCGGAGUUUGGCGGAUGCUGCAAAGCUUCUUCAGUCAGAGUCGGUGAAGAAUAUUGUAGUUGUUGCAGGAGCUGGUAUUAGCACUCCUAGCGGCAUUCCAGACUUUAGGACUCCAGGCACAGGGCUCUAUGACAAUCUACAGCAGUACAAGAUUCCUUACCCAGAGGCAAUUUUCGACAUCGAUUAUUUCCACGUUAACCCUCGGCCUUUUUUCACAUUGGCGAAGGAACUGUACCCAUCCGGGAAAUAUCGGCCCAACUACAUUCACUACUUUUUACGACUACUGCAUGACAAAGGAAUGUUGCUGCGGAUGUAUACACAAAAUAUUGAUGGCCUUGAAAGAUUGGCAGGAAUACCUGAGGACAAGAUGGUCGAGGCACACGGAACCUUCGCCACGGCAACAUGUACCAUGUGUAAGCAGAAAUUACCAGGAUCAGAUAUUAAGGAGAAAAUAUUUACAGACAAACUGCCAAGAUGUCCCACAAGAGGAUGCGUGGGUAUAGUGAAACCAGACAUUGUAUUUUUUGGAGAGGAUUUACCUCGCCGGUUCUACAGCUACAUGAAAGACAUGCUGCAGACAGAUCUUGUUCUAGUCAUGGGAACUUCACUUGAGGUACAACCAUUUGCAGGGAUCAUAGACACAGUUCGACAAAACAUCCCUCGGGUGCUCUUCAACAGGGAGGCUGUAGGACCGUUCCGCUUUAACAGACGAGCUCAGGACAUAGUGGCUGCAGGUGACCUUGUGGAUGGCAUGGUAAAGUUUGCGAGUCAGGUCGGCUGGUCAGAGGACAUGAAACAACUCAUAACGCAGAUGGAAGGCUCAUUUACCAUUGGCAAGAAAUUGCCUGUGAUAAUCAGGGCAAAUAAGCCUGCUGUAAAACAGCUAAACAAACAACCUCCACCUCCACCACAAACAAACCACAGAAGAAACUUUAGCACUCAGGCCUACAAGGGCAGACCAAAAUUUUCCAUCUAUAAUGAAGAAUCUUCAUCUGAGGAGAGUUCUGAAAGUGAGAGUGAUGUCACUUCCUCUGACUCAUCAGAAGAGGAUGGGAAAAGAAGAAGAGUAUUCAAGGGAGGUCAUCAUGGGAGAAAUAUUCCACAGACUGUAAAUAAUAGAAGAAAUGGUGCUAUUUCUACAAACAAUGGUGUUAGGAGUACUAGUGCAAAGGUGACUGAAUCUGGUAGGAGAAAUGUAUAUACACAGCGAACAGUUAAGCCAACGCAAUCCCCUGUUGGAAAUUUAAGUGGUAGGAGUGUUAAGUCUGAAAGUGCCAUAAAUUCAAACUUGACUAAAGUUAAGGUUGAAGUUAGAAGGCCUCCACUUCCUAAAGACAUGAGAUCAGUUAUUAAGCCUGAAGCCAGGGAAGCUUUUGUUGAAGACAAAGCUCAAGUAAACAAAUUUGGGAAAGAAACUAAUGGGUCUAAGUCAGAAGUUGAUAAAGACAAAAGUACUACAAAAACUGAUGAUUCAAAAGUUGAAACAGUGUUAGAUAAAAACAGCAAAACUGAUGGCAGUCAUAAAACAGGCAACAGAGAAAUUUAUGUAGAAAAGGAGAUUGCUGACAGUUUAGUUCAAGAUAUUACCAAAACCAAAUAUGAUAAAGAUGGUUCAAGGUCUAGUCUUGAUAUAGAUAUUACUGAUAAAAAAAUUGAAAAGGUUAUUCCAAAACCUAGUUCAGAUCACAGUGUUAGGACAAGAUAUGCAACAAGUAAGGUGUUAAGAGGUCGGCAAGCUUUGCAAGAGAAAACAAAACAAGAAAAUCAAAGUAUUGAUGAAGUACAAUCAAAUGGUAACAAAGUUGAUAGUCAGACUUCAGCAUCAAGUGAAAGGAAACACUCAGAAAAGGAGGUUUCUGAAACUGAAUCUGUCAACAGGCAAGAUGAUGUAAUUUCACUGAAAAAGCAGGUUAGCUUUAAACAAGAAACUUUUGCUACUCCAAAAGAAGCAUUUGAAGCGAUUGUCAGUGAAAUAUCUGAAAGAACAAAUAUUGAUGUAGGGGAAAUAGCUGAUUUGACUAAAUCUGAUAGAAAAAAAAUAUUAAAGAAAUAUGGCAUAAAAUCACUUCCUCCUCCACAAACUCCAAAUAAGCCUCCGCUUGGUGUGCAAAGGAAUAGACAUGUAGAUAGCCCCAUGAAAUUAAUUAAGUUGGUUCAGAGUGAAAGUGCUGUAGCCAGUGGGUAUUUUGUAGAUGAUAACAAUAUGUCAGGCAUAGCUAAAACUAAUCAAGCUGACAUUCCUGCAGUCUCUAGGAUUGAAAGAGAGAGGCCAUUGUCAGUUACCGAGCCUAAACUGAACAGGGAUAAAAUGGAUGAAAAAAGAACACAAAUUAAACCUUGGCAUGAGGGUACUGUGUCAACCAAUCAAAUGUCUCCAAUUUUUAAUGAUGUUAAACCGAUUCCGUCAAGCACAACUUUACCUAGUGGAGCAUCUUCUAUAUGCAGUAUGAACAGUAAUGAUACAGGGUCGAAAAUUCUUUCAGAGAAAACUGCUAAAUCUUUUGCUAAAUAUGCCAGCUUAACCUCUGGCCCAUCUCACAAAAAGAAGAAAAGACAUGGAAGCAAAAAACAUCGAAUAACUUUGAAGGAUCGACCCUCUCCCGGGCAUAAGCAUACCAGCAAAAGAUCAGAGCUUAAGACAGUAAAUGCUGUUCCCUAUGGUUACGCUCACAAAAAAAACAGUAAAGUAAAAGGUGUAGGACCAUUUCAUCGCACAAAUGUACGCACGCUGAAUAGAGAUAUUGACUAUGCAGACAUACAGUUCCGGUCUGUUUCCGCCGAUAUCCCCAAAAUCAGUUAUCAACACAGAAUGAAGCAAAGUCCUUCCGGUAAUGGUGUGGCGCCAGAGGAUAUGUCAGGAUUUUCUACUCCAGUCAAUGAAAACAGAGAUGGGUCUUAAUGAAAGAUAUUUAUAGAGCUAGAUAUUUGUAUUUUUGAAAUUUGAUUAUGUUCGUCUCGUGUAUAUAGAAAUAGAUUUUUAUAUACAAUUUUAAGCUUUAGAGUGAUAGGCUACUACAAUUUAACUCAUUUGCAUGAAAAUGUUUGAUAAUAUAAAUAUUCUUCUAUAUCAGUCAUUCAGUCAACAGUUUUUAACUUACAUGUAACUUAAUGUUAAACUUAUGAUGUUCAGUUAUGAGUUGUGGAUAUAUAUUGUCUUAGUUAUAUUAACCAUCAAUUUCUUUCCGACAAACCAAAAUUUGAACUGCUAAUUUUUAAACUUUGACCGCUGACUUGUGAAGCUACUGUCAGUUUUUUGUAAAUAUAUAUUAUUUUAACUUAAAUAUUGAUUAAUGAAUUGAAUAUAGGCAAGUUUGCAUUAUAUUGUGGUCCAUUUCUCACUGUGUGAGCUUUGUAAAUAAUUUUGUCUUUCGACCUGUCUUUCAUCGCGCUGCUUGUGAUUCUAUUCUUUUUUUAGGCCUAAAAUUUUGAAAAAUACAACUCUGUAAAUUAUUGUUCAGGAGCCAUAUUCAAGAUUCUACUCAUACAUGUAUAUUCUUUUUGAAAUAAGUCAAAUCUUUCAAUAGCAAAACUUCCAUAUUAUGAUACAGUUAAAUAAAGCAAAUGUAACAAUAUGGUUUGGAUGAGAUUGGCUGCAAACGAAAACAAGUAAUAUCAACUGGAUACACUGUUAAUACGAUAAAUGAAGUGUUUCCGUAUUUUUAAAAUUAAGAGAACAGAUAAAAAACAAACUAUUUGGUCAACCCGUGAGAUGUAUUUUGAACAUGGGCCCAGAUUUCCCAUUUUAAAGGCAGCCAAGAUGCUUGUGUCACAGAAAUGUAUCAAGUAUCACAAAAAUAUCAAAUUUGAAAUUGGCCAAACUCAAACACAACAACAAGUUAAGGGUUCCCAAUUUCGGGCUUAGAUCAAAAUGAUCUAUUUUUAAAUGUAUUAGAACUAGUGCUUAUUGUUUAUGUAGUGUUUCCAUUCUAAAAAUAGAACUAGGCAUUCUGAAUGCAGAUAAACUUUUAAAAAGUGUUUUAUACUUGUUGCUUUAUUUUGCAAUUUUCUUUCAACUUUAGCUCUGAUUAUAUGUCAUCAAAUGAACAGUACAAGAAGUGUUUUACUUAUUUGUUAUUAGGUUUAUAGAAGCAUUUGUGCUUGGCUGCCUUUAAAUGAAUCUUACAUGAUGUUUCAUAUUUCAAUUGAUUUGAAGUUCUUUCCCAAACUUUUCAUGGAAACUUAACAUACUUAAAACAUGUGUGUGUUUAUAAAAUGAGUAACUGUGCAUACUUUGAACUUCCAUCUCAGUACUUUGCUUCAAGUAUAAAAUUGUAUAAUGCUAUUCAACUAGUAACAUAUUUUUACCAUGCAUAUUUUGUAAAUGUGUGUACUGCUUUAAAAUUGCCUUUGAUGAAAAAAUAACAGCAACAACAGAGCUAUAUAUAAUAUUAUGUGAUGAUAAAUGUUAUUGUUCUUACUUAUUAAUAAUAUUAAGCAUUUUCUUCAUUUUAUUUUAGGUAUGAAAAAAAAAAAAUGAUGCAUAGAAAUGUUACGUAUGAUGUACAGAAUUUAAAUAUGGUAAGACAGGCUUCUAAAAAAUAGAUCCCAGUGGUUUGAAAAGGGGACAUAGAUUAUCUAAAUCAUAAUAUUGUGUCUAGCUCAUUGGUGUUUCACAUUGUUUGGUUGAAGUUCCAGCACAAGUUUGAUUUAGAUUAGAAGAAAAACUUAUUACCUCAGAAAUUAUUUUGCAAUAUCACUCCUGGCAGUUGUUUUUGACUAUUUAGAACUUUAAAAGAUUUGAAAUUAAAUAUAUUAUUGUCAAUCUUUGUUUGUUCAGGAAAAAAAAUGAUAUUGAAAAAAAUCCAAAAGGUUUCAUGUUUAUAUAAGUUUUAUCAUAUUGAUGUCAUUGAUAUACUUUAAUAUUUAUCAUCAUGAAAAAUGUCUUUGCUCCUAAAACUCUGUAAGAUGUCAUAAUCACUUAUGCAUUAUAAAUCUUAUUACAAAUUAACUCCCAUAUUGGAACACUAACAAGUAGGUGGAGCUUAACUGUUCAGUAACUAGAAUGCAGAUAAUUUACAACGGUUUAUUACGCUUGUACCACAUGCUAGUUAUUGAACACUGUCCUUGACAACAUGGUACAAAACAGUUGUCACCCACUAACUUCAUCACUGAAAUUAUACACUUGAGCUGAAGCGCUUGUGUAUAAGUUUAACUCAGGCUGUGGGUGCAGUAACUGUUGCAAGUGUUGUUUCAUGAAUCCAGAUUGUUUUGUUGAUUAAAUGUUCUGUGCUGCGUAUAAGCUGUUUUACAACAUUAUUUCUUAAUGUAUUUAUUGGAAUAUACAGUAUUCUAUUAGAGUAUAUCUUAUCUGUUAUCAUUCUAUAAUAAAGAAAUAUUUAUUCUUGUAACUGGUGUUCU